UGAGCAUUUGGACCAGCGGAUGCUCCCUGGGCUCUCAGACCUCGCCACUAGCCAGGCACCGAUUCCCCCGCGGGUGCACGCAGCGGGGCGGGAGGGGAGAGCCAUGGAAGCUAUGAGCAGCGCCAGUGAGCAGCAACAGAAGUAAGGUGGUCCUGCCUGGUCGGCGGGACCCGCGGAUCAUGUACGGCGACGUGUUCAACGCCACCAGCGGCCCGGAGGCGGCGGGAAGCGGCGCGCUGGCUCCUGGAGCUACAGUCAAGGCAGAGGGUGCUUUGCCGCUGGAGCUAGCCACAGCGCGCGGAGUGCGGGACGGCUCGGCCACCAAGCCUGACCUGCCCACCUACCUGCUGCUCUUCUUCCUUCUGCUGCUGUCUGUGGCGCUCGUUGUCCUCUUCAUCGGCUGCCAGCUGCGCCACUCGGCCUUUGCUGCGCUGCCCCACGACCGCUCGCUGCGCGACGCCCGUGCGCCCUGGAAGUCGCGGCCGGUUUAG